AUGGCUUCGAUCAUCGACUCCAUAACCACAGGCUCAGAACCUACGCUGGGCGACCCCAACAUCUCCUGGCCAAUCGAGCGCAUCCCACGCCCUACCCCAGCCGAAGAAUGGCACCCAUCUUCCCUGAUCCCGGGCCGACGCGAUAGCACCACCUCCGCCGAGUCCGACACCACAGACGCAGACGCAGACACCCACCCCUCAAACUACCCAAAGGGCACGAAAUCACUUUCCGGAAUCUCCCUACGCGCUUUUCUCCUCGGCUCAUCCCUCGGCCUUACUGGCACACUCACUAUCCUCCUAUGCACCGUCUUCCCUACACCCCUCUGGCGCGUUCCGUUCUUCAUCGCCUCGCUCAGUCUGUUCCAUUUCCUGGAGUUCUACAUCACGGCAACGUACAACCCGCGCGCGGCGGAUGUGAAAGCAUUCCUCCUUUCGAGUAACGGCUGGGCUUACAAUGUUGCGCACGGGUCCGCUGUCGUAGAAUGUAUUGUGGCGCACGUCUUCUGGCCUGAACAGUCUGCGCUGGGGAGAAUGUUCUCCGUUGGGCCUGUAUACGGGUCAUCUGUAUCGGUACUUUUGGUGGUUGGAUUGUUGCUUACGGGUGUUGGGCAGGCUGUGAGGUCUUUUGCUAUGUCGCAGGCGGCUAGCAAUUUUAAUCACCAUGUGCAGUCGGAGCAUAAGCGGGACCAUGUGCUUGUUACACAUGGGCUGUAUCGGUUUUUGCGGCAUCCGAGUUACUUUGGAUUCUUUUGGUGGGGUUUGGGGACGCAGUUGGUGCUUGGGAAUAUGGUUUGCUUUGUUGCGUAUUCGUUGGUGCUGUGGAAGUUCUUUUCUACUAGGAUUAAGCGUGAGUGA